CCCGGAUGUGUUUGGUUUCUGUGUUCCCAUUGAAUCCAUGCGCUUGGCUCGCAGAAUAGAUCAUUUGAAUUAAGAAUGAAUUGAUUUCAUUGAGCUGAAACCACAAUUCAGUCAAUGCAGAGUAAUAACCCAAACUGAUGGAAAUGAAUAAUAUAUUUAUCUUUUAGAUCCACUAAGUAAACAUUUUAUUUCUUUGAAUAUUUCGUUAAUUUUGACAUGGAGGAAGUGGAGACAGCAGAGGAGCUGUUAGCCAAACAGCAUCGCAAGGAAAAGAAAGACCUGCAAGCAAAAAUACAAAGUAUGAAAAAUGCUAUUCCCAAAAAUGACAAGAAGAGGAGGAAACAGCUGACCGAAGACAUCGCCAAACUAGAGGCUGAACUCACUCAGAAACAUGAAAAUGAGCUCAAACUACUUCAGAACUCUUCCUCAGUGGAAGAGGUUUCAAAUGCAAUGGUUUCCGUCAGUCUUGCCAGUGAUGUGGAAACAACGGAUUCAAGCAAGCAAGCUCGGACAUCUAAAGCCCAGAAGAGACGGGACAAAAAGGCAGCUCUUGAGAAGGAAAGGGAGAUUCGGAUUGCUGAGGCAGAAGUGGAGAAUCUCAGCGGUUCCCGUCAUCAGGAGGGUCUGAAGCUGAGACAGAAGCUGAUGGAGAGACACCUGCAGAUCAAAGAGAUCUCCUCGGAUGGCCACUGCAUGUAUCGCGCUGUGGAGGAUCAGCUGACGGAGCGAGGCGCUCCUCUCGGCCCUAAAGAGCUUCGGGCUCAAACAGCUCAGUACAUGAGGAGCCACGCAGACGACUUCCUGCCGUUCCUCACUGACCCUAAUUCAGGAGACAUCUACACUGCAGAUGAGUUUGAGAAAUACUGCAAUGAUGUUGCAGAUACAGCUGCUUGGGGCGGACAGUUAGAGUUAAAAGCCCUUUCGCAGGUCCUCCAGCUACCGAUAGAAGUCAUUCAGGCAGAGUCCCCUUCUAUUAUUAUUGGUGAAGAAUAUGACAAGCCACCACUCACACUCGUUUACAUGCGGCAUGCUUAUGGACUUGGUGAACACUACAAUUCUGUGGAGCCCCUGAAAGACUUGGCAAAUGAGGAAGAGGGCUGACCCAUCAUUGACGCGCAUUAAUAUAUGCAUCUGUGCAUAUUUAGCCUAGAAGUGGAAGUGGACCUUCUGGAAUAUGAUUCGGUUUUGCUAGGAUCAGCCGAUUCGGUCAGGACGCUCACAGAGGAUGAUGAAAUAACACACGCCGGUGCAGUGGACAAGCUUCGUGCAACAAGUCCAUGCGUGCCAGUGUUAUUUAUGAAUAAACUGCUAUGUGCUUUGUGUCAUUUUUAGUAAUAAAAUUUUAGCAAUUUGCUCUAAGAGGUGGUCAUGCUAACGCUGUUAAAUAAAGAACUUUAUAUCAAUGAAAA